AUGGGUGGCUCUGCGAUUUCUUAUGGGCACAAGCAUCCCAGUGGACGUGGUUAUUGGCAAGAACUUAUUGAAUCCAUCGUUUGGGCUCAUAAUAAAUUAAAAGUUGCUCCUGCUACCCAGUCGAGAGCCUUAAGCAUUGGUUUAAUUGGAAAUUUUUUUAAAAGGACAUUGGAUGUUGGUAGUAGUGACGAAAGUGGUGGAGGAAAAAGACCUCAUCCUCAACCUCAACCUCAACCACAACCUCAACCACAACCACAACCACAAAAUAUUCCACCUAGUUUUGAUAUUAAUAAUCUUCAUUUAGACCCGACGGAUAGACCAAGAACUACAUCAUAUCAUCCAAAUCAAAGGGAUGAAAUAAGGAGAGCAUAUUGGAUUAAAGUGCCUUCUCAACCAAGAGGCCAUGAUUUUCCAUCAAUAAAAGUUGGUGGUAAGAACAGACGUUUUGUAAAGGAAUGGUUUGAUGAAUUUAAUUGGUUAGAGUAUAGCAAAAAAGAGAACAAAGCUUAUUGUUUAUGUUGUUACUUAUUUGGAGAUAUUGUGGGGCAACAAGGGGGGAGAGAUGCAUUUGUGACGAGAGGCUUUGACACUUGGAUAAAGAAAAACCAAUCUAUUAGUGAAGCUUUUCAUAAGCAAACUGAAGUUGAAGCAAGUAACUAUCAAAUUCAAUUACGUGCUACAAUUGGUACUUGUAGAUUUUUAUUGAAGAAUGCGUUACCAUUUCGUGGUCAUGGCGAGUCCGAUGGGUCAAUUUCUAUAGGGCUUUUCAUUGAAGAAUUAUCAUUCCUUCGGGACUAUAAUGAAAGUAUUUAUAAGGUUACUUUAGGAAAUGCUCCCAAAAAUGAAAAGUUGACGUCUCCAAAGAUUCAAAAAGUGAUUGUUCAAUGCUUUUCAAAAGAGAUAAUAAAGUCUAUUUGUGAAGAAAUUGGUAAUGAUGUGUUUACUAUAUUAGUAGACGAGUGUAGUGAUGUAUCCAAAAAGGAACAAAUGGCUAUGGUUUUGCGAUAUGUUAAUAGUCUUGGAUUAGUGAAAGAAAGAUUUGUUGACAUUGUUCACGUGAAGGAUACAAGUUCUUUAACUCUAAAAGAAGCCAUUGAUUCGGUAUUUACCAACAAUAACUUGAGUAUAUCUCAGAUAAUCCUUCGGCAUAUUAUAUACACUGUUUUGCACACCAACUUCAAUUAA